AGAGCAUUCAACCAGCGCUGGUUUGCCCGUUAUCCGCGCCGCUGUGCUGCGGUUCAACGGCCAUUUCGAGGUGAUCUUCACCCAGCCAGUCUGAUCUAUACGAGAACCAUCUCGAAAGCACGCAGAGAGAGCAUGUAAAAGAUUCUCUCAAGAUAUUCUCAACACACCGCUACGUAACGGACAAUGAUGACACAGGACGUAGAAGGAAAAUGAGACGGCAGCAGCCAACACGAAUGUCUCCAACCAGCUUCAACGCAGUCCUCGAUUCACCACCACGCCCACACUUUCUGUGGGUUUGCACUGGCCAGACGCACCCACCCGCCUUCUGGAGCAAGGCAACACGACAAUAACGCGGCCAAACACGCACAAACACAUCUGCGCCGAGCCAGUUGCAACGUCCGAUCUCAUCACUGCUUCUCAACUUUAGCCUACCAGCUGCAGCAGCCUCUGUGGUUGGUCUCCUUGCUGCAGUGCAGUGCUCUAUUGAGCUCUAGACUUUGGCCGACGACGUCGUUCUGCUCCUCACUCACAGUUGGACGAGCCACUCGAGCUCAAUCAUUCGUGUCACUCGCCACAUCCCUCGCCCAACGACAGUCUCACAAGUUGCAUCGAAAAAGCUCUUCAUUGCCCGUUUCACCCGUUUGAACGUUAUCUCUCCGCUAAUAAAAUAGCAAUCGGACUUUACUUCUACCAUGGGCACAACCCGCUAUGAGACGGAGACGUCACUGCGCGCGUCCAUCUUUGGUGAGGUCCUGCUGUGCCGCGAUCGGCUUACAGAUGAGCGUGUGGUAGUGAAGACGGUGGACCUGCAGUUGGCGCUGCAACAGACGUCGCGCUCGCAGGAACUCGUGCAGGAGAACGUGAUGCUUGAGGUGGAAGUGCUGAACCGCGUGCGCGCGCUGGGCGGACACCCGAACGUCAUCAACAUGCACAGCUACUUCGUGGCCAAGGGCGGUGGCGUACUACACAUGGUGCUAGACUAUUGCGAGAGCGGUGAUCUACUGGAUGCAUGUGUGCAACCGCUCGUCGCGGAGGAGGGAGGCGACGACAAGAGCAGCAGCAAUAGUGAUAAUGGUCAGGGUAAUCAGAAAGAGGACGCGGCUCUACUGAGAUCAGCUGCAUUGCUCGGCAACCAUGGCCCCGAACAGGACGACAACGACAGCAAUGGACCCUUCCUGAACGGCGUGGACGGAUCGAAGCGCCUGCAAGAGAGCGUGGCGCAAACUUACCUGGUGGACGUGUUAUCUGGACUGCGAUUCCUUCACAGUCAUGGCAUCGCCCAUCGGGAUGUGAGUCUCGAGAAUAUCCUACUACGAAACGGACAUGCCGUGAUCGCAGACUUUGGGCUGUGCGUACAGGACACGUCUGCGUCGUCGGGUAGUCCGACAAGCAGCGGGUUCCUUUGUGACGAGACGGUGGGCAAGAACUACUACAUGGCACCGGAAAUCGUGAUGCGCGAGCGAUAUGAUCCGCGGCGAGCGGAUAUUUGGUCGGUGGGCAUCGCGUUCUUCAUCCUAUUGACAUCGUCACCGCCGUUCGAACGCGCGGAUCCGUCCGAUCCGGGCUUCCGGUACGUGGCGAAGCGCGGCAUCAAGGCGGUGUUCACAGCGUGGGGACUUGGCCAAGACGUUUCGGAGACUUUACAGGAUCUCCUGUCGCGCAUGCUGUGCGUGGACCCGGAGGAGCGCAUCACGAUGGAGGAGAUCUGGCAGCACCCAGUGCUGCAGCGGCCGCGAUGUUAGGCGUUGGGAAUCAACUGCGACUGAGUCGGUGUGGGUGGCGGUGAACGGUGUCGUGGGGUGUAUUGUAGUUGAAUCGAGCCGGUAGUGUGCGUGGAGCAAGCAUGAUGGAGCGAAUGCCGUGAAAGACUGAGUAGUAUAAGACGAGAUAUUAGAUAUCCGUGGACUAGGAAUUGUGUUAAUAAUUGAGUAUUUUAGUUGCGA